AUGAGCGGCAAAACGCUAACGGAUAUUUCUGUUAUUCAAGACUCCCGUGAGGUUAAUAACGAAGAGAAAAACUUGGAAAACGAGCUUGAAAACUUUCGCGUAAUUCUUCGCGACCAUCUCGCAGCAGGGGAAGAUGUCGUAGCCAAAUGGGAGGCGAUAUGUAGCAGGUAUGCUCGAUUCGCGUCCGUAGAUUCCUUGCUUGAAAGGCUCUCCCGUGACGACCAAGAGAGCCUUCAUUAUAUCAGGGAGCAAGGACGACGGAUUCGGUCGAAGAAGGCACUGAUCCUGCGAGAGUGGAAUUGGAGCGAGGAUGACUUGGUCGAAACCUUUCCGGAUGUCGACAGCCGUGCAUUUUGGGAAGAGCUAGCUAAGCUGGUUCGCCAGUCCACCGCGGAGCAGGCUUUGCCGCUUUUACGGCGGUACCAAGGGGAACGUCAGGUCGGAGUGCGCGGCUCCAAUCGAAGUGUGAUGUGGAAGCCAUGGGAAGUCAAGAGGGCGUUGGAACAUCUCAAGAACCAGGCCGAGGGUCGGCAUCUUUCGGAAGAUCAAUCAGAACGACGCCAAGAUGGCAAGUCUCCUACAAAUGGCCGUUUGCAACAGUCGCGGGAAAGCAGAGCCACCCACGAUUCGGUCUCAAGCGAGGAGACAUCCAGUCCAACGCCGGACACCAGCGGGAGUACUCCACGUCGAGAGACUGCGUCGCAAGGACGAAAUCCGCCAGAAGAGUCGGAACAAUCGUCAGAAAAUGCCGUUGAAGAAGUCAAGGCAACCGGGAAACUGACUUCUAUCGCAAAAGCUUCAUUGCGAGUUGAGAGACGGCUGUCCAGGGAAGGUGUAAGCUCCACCACAUCAAAACCUUCUGCUCGUGUACCAACAAGGCGCACGGCAGGAGCUCCCACCAAGGACGACGAUGGAAUGGCAGAGCCCCAUGACGUGGCAGGAUUGGAACAUGACAUCAAGCUUCAACUCGAGAACAAUGUCACCGACCCAGCACCGUCUAAAGGGCAAACUCGAAAGAGGCUACCCGAAGAUCAGGUCUCCGACGUUGGACGAGGGAGCUCUUCCACACAUGAUCUCCCAGUAAGAGGUUCCGAGUCGACUCCGUCAAAGAAACCGAGAACAAGCAACGAUGCCUCGCAAGGCUUGGAAAGUCCCUUUACGCCGUCUCUGCCACCAAAGACAGCAGCCGUGACGGGUCUCCCAACCCCUGACUCAACCGGGGCGAAGCCUUCCAUCAUACUAAGGAAAAGGACAGUUAUAUCGUCAAAUACCGAAGACGAGCGACCGGGCGUUGCUGAAAGGGGGUUGGAUGAUGCGCUGGAAAGUGUCGCCUUCGAAAUCCCCCCGAACUUCCAUGCGAGACUCGCCCCUGGAGCGGAGUUGGACGAUGGUGUCAUCACAACCUGUUUAGAUGUCUUCUCUAGCACCACGGGCUUAGGGUGCUCCAUCAUCAACCCUCACCUUUUCAAGGCUGGCAGCACGACGAGAUAUGCGAGCGUGCAAGUGGCCAUCGCAAGGAGCGAGACAACCAGGAUUCUCGUCCCCCUCCACCUUCCGGACAGCCACCACUGGGUUUUAUGUUGCGUUCUGAAGGAUGAGAAGGAGAUACAAGUUUACGACUCCCUCGCCGGGGACAACGAUGAAGUGCACCGCCUACUUUAUGCGCUGCAGAACCUCUACUUUGAGGAGUACCGCAUCACUCCUCGCCCGUGCUACCAGCAGAUAAAUGGAUACGACUGCGGCAUAUGCCUGCUGGUGAACGCUGUCCAUCUCAUGGCCGACCUUGAUCCGCCCACCGAAGUCAACACAAGCGUGUGGAGGAGUUGUUUCAGGGCACUCGGCGACUCGACAGCCACUCCAAGCCUCUUGCCCGGGAUACCUUACUCCAGAGAAAGCUUCAAGAUUCAUCUCGAGUUUAGCAGUGGCAGCUUCACUAUCGAUGAACUCAAUGCUCUUUGGGCUGAGAAACAAAAUCAAUUCAGAGCCGCCGUUGAGGAGCACCAAGCCAAAGUGAGAAGGCUCACUCCAGAGGUUCAGCAAGUUCUCGAGAUACUGGAAAAGGCAUCCACAAAGCUUACGGCAGACGAACAGAAGAAGCUCUUGGAGCAGUGGGAUCGUGAAAGUCGGCACGAAGACGACACUGGCGGAUGGAUGCAUGGCCAGGGCCGCGCAGAAAGAAGGCACCUGCGGCGGGCAAAACAGAGGGUCUUGAACGCCAUGCCACGGUUGGAGCACGCUGUGAAGUAUUUGCAGGCUCAGCUUGACCAUCUGACUGUGAGCAAGAAGGAACUGGAUGGGUUGAAGUCGAGCUUGGAUGCUUAA